AUUUCAAAAUUGUUUAAUUUAGGUCAAGUAGCGAUAUCAAUGCAGAUGCAUUGCACGUUCCUGAUUAUCAAAACGGAAGUAAAAUUAACAAGAAGUUUUCAACGGGUAAUCUUUGUGAGGCCGACAAGCGUGAAUCUAGAGCUGGCUGUUGAAAAAGACUAACAUCGCUAUAAAGAGAUGGGUUUGGAAGAUACAUGCCUCACGUGUUUUGGCUGUUUCAUACUAGGGUUCAUACUGAGUCCAUUGAUCCUUCAGGGUGCUGGUAUGUUCGGUUCAAGUUGGAUCCCUGGUGAGAAUUGCAACACAAUCGACCCAAAACUUUACUGCUGUGACCAAGGAACCAGUUAUUAUGGUUACAAUACUAGCAGAAACAUGUGCGAGUCGCCUUUCGGUUUGUCAGAUUUAGACGGCACAGCCUAUAGCCUACAAUCUGGAGCCUUUUCGAUCAUGAUGUUACCUAUUGUAUUUGGAUGUUUUGAGAUGUGGUGUAGCAAAGAUGGAGAUGAUGACAUUGGGUGCUGUGGUAUCCUUGGUGGAUUUUGUUUCUUGUUAUACCCGAUUGCAGGUUUGCUUAGUUUCAUUGGUUGUAUGGUGGUUGCUGGGAAAUUCUCCGGUUCAAGUUUCGGAACAUCGUUUUACUUGUGUUUGUCGUCUGGUCUGUAUGUACUUGCAAUAACCGCUGCUCUUACCUUUUACAUCUGUUACAAGCGGCGAAACAAGGUAAAAAGACAGGCCAGCCACACCACGGAGUUGCAGCCGUACCCAUCCGCCGGUGCGGCCGCCCCAUACGACAACGGUCCUCCAGCUGGCAUUCAGAUGCAAGCCAUCAACAUCGAGCAAAGGGAGGUUGUACAUAAUCCGGAAACUGGCGGAUUCCUUGUGUUUAUGAGGAGUAUAAACGUCUUUCAUUUAGUCACGCACAGCAGCUAGUCUACAUACACAUGUGCAUUCUAUAGGAAGAUCACGAGAUAAUAAGACUAAGUAUGAACACAUGCAAUAUAAUUAUUACGUUGAUUACGCUUCCUGCUUAACUGCAUUUCAGCAUCGAACGCUGCAACAAUAUAACAUUACUGCAGACUUUUGAGAAUUAAUUUGCCAUAUAAUCAGAAUUCACCUUCGCGCAGAACUUGAUCAGUUUUAACAUGAUCAGCUUAUCAAUACUUUUAAACAGCUGAACAAUAUACAAUUCAGGAAA